AUGGCGGAAAGUGCAAAUUUCAAGGUUCCCAGCGUUGAUCAAAAACUGUUAACAAAGCUCCGAAAAUCCGGUCUCCCGGCGUCAGUUUCGAAAGUAAACAUCGCUGUACCGACAAAGGUAGAACCGGAGAGUGCGGAUAAGUUUGAACAGAACACCGUGGAAAUUCCUCCUAUACCCUACAAGGAACCCGUAUGGUCGCAGAAAUGCGACCCAUCGCAAGAAUACAGCUUGGAGGUGGAGAAAAACGGGGUCAUCAUUGAGGAGAUUAAGCAGCUGCAGAGCAAACCAUUCUGGUUGUUUGGCCGUUUGCCGAACUGUGAUGUUAAUAUGGCACAUCCAACCAUCUCCCGGUAUCAUGCUAUACUUCAGUACCGUGCAUCAGAUGAUUCUAAGCAGAAGGUUGAAGAAUCCACACGCCCGGUACAUGCAACAAUCGAACCGGGAUGGUAUCUGUACGAUCUGAACAGUACGCAUGGUACAUUUUUAAACAAACAACAGAUUCCAGCUCGCUCAUACGUACGUGUUCGCGUAGGAUACAUGAUUAAGCUAGGAUCGAGCUCGCGAACCUACAUAUUCCAAGGACCAUCCGAGGACGACGAAGAGACUUCACGCAAUGUAACAAUCACGGAAAUGAGAUUACGCAAGCAGAAGGAGAUAGAGUUACGGACAGCAUUCGAAGAAAUCGAGCGCAAGGAAAAGGAGCGUGUCGAAAAACUGAAAGAAGAGGAAGGUAUCACUUGGGGUAUGACGGAAGACGCUGACGAGGAGACGGAUCUUGCCGAAAAUCCUUACGCAUCAUCAAACAACGAGGAACUUUUUCUGAACGAUCCAAAGAAAACGUUGCGCGGUUUCUUUGAACGGGAAGGUUACGAUCUGGAAUACAAAGUGGAAGAACUAUCAUCGGGCACGUACUGCUGCAAGGUAGAGCUACCGAUUGAUGCCGCAAACGAGCAGCCAAUCGUUGCGGAAGUAACACAUAAAGGAAAGAAGAAAGAAGUGGUUGUACAGUGCGCUUUGGAAGCGUGUCGCAUACUAGACCGUAUUGGUAAACUCCGGCAAGCCAAUCAUGAACCACGCCGACGCUUUCAAAAACAAUCAGAUUCGGAUGACGAUGAUGAUUUUCUAGACCGAACUGGUGCAGUUGAGGAACGCCGGCAGCGAAAACAGGCGACAAUGAAUCCUCAAACGCAUACAUAUGCAGAUUUGAUACAUAAAGAAGCACUCCUGCUAGAUCGCCUGGAGUCGAAUGAAUCGAAAAUACAAAAUGCUCGUUUGAUUAAGCAGGAAACGCAUCUGCCUGAGAAUGAUGAAGACGUGGACAGUUUUUUAAACAAUCUGACUAAAGAUACCAAGGUGGACAAGUUUGAGAUCCGACGCCUACGGUUGGAACAGGUGAAACUAAAUGAAGAACUAAAAAAGAUAAAGAAACUCAUCGAAGUAACGAAGCCUAUCAAUUUAGACAAGAUUGGCAAGCAGAAUGAAUGUUCCACGAUAUCCAAACGUCCGAUAUUACCACUGUACGGUAAACGAACCAAGCUUAGUAAUACGUUUGGCAUCCGUGAAUCGAGGAUAAAAGCAGAAAAGGAUGCCGAUCUCGAUCCAACGGACGGUGCUUCUGGUUCCACUAACGAAACGCCAACAUCCGACGUACCACUGCAAAAAUCACUGCCCAAACAGGAAGAGUUAGGGGAACCGAGUACCCGUUAUAACAAUGAGCGUAAACGAUCAUCGAUCGAAACGCAGUCCAAUGUUACUUGCCAAACAAAUGCCACAACCAUAGGUGAGAGUAGUGGCAAGAAAAAGCGAGGUCGACCGAGAACUCGGAAUAUCCCCAAAGCUCGCGAAAAUGUCGAUUUUGACGAUGCGGUUGAGAUGGUGAGCGAGGAUAAAAAUGUCGAGUGGGUGCCACCAUCCGGUCAGACUGGUGAUGGUAGAACUUCGUUAAAUGAAAAAUACGGAUACUGA